UUUGCAACCACUUAUUGUGGAAAAUGUGCAAUGUGGCAAUUUCAUGAAUUUGUCGAUAUUCUCACAUGCUUGCAUUUACAGACGUUAGCUAGCAAGGUAUAUGCCAGCCUGCUUUGAAAGUUACAUUACAAACUAGCUAGGUAGUUAACAUUUGCUAACGUUAGCUGGCUAACGCUUGCACAUUUCAGCUGACAUUCAGAACAAUAACGUACAAGCAAGCGAAGUUAUUAUAGAAGACAAAUGCAACUACAUACAGUUGAAGUCGGAAGUUAACAUUCGCCUUAGCCAAAUACAUUUAAACUGUGUUUUUCUCAAUUCCUGACAUUUAAGCCUCAUAAAAAAAAAUCCCCGUUUUAGGCCAGUUAGGAUCACCACUAUUUUAAGAAUGUGAAAUGUCAGAAUAAUAGUAGCGAGUAUGAUUUAUUUCAGCUUUUAUUUAUUUCAUCACAUUCCCAGUGGGUCAGAAGUUUACAUAUUACAAUUAGCAUUUGGUAGCAUUGCCUUUAAAUUGUUUAACUUGGGUCAAAUGUUAAUAAUUUUAGGUAGCCUUCCACAAGCUUCCCCCAAUAAGUUGGGUGAAUUUUAGCCCAUUCCUCCUGACAGCGCUGGUGUAACUGAGUCAGGUUUGUAGGCCUCCUUGCGCGCGUACGCGCUUUUUCAGUUCUGCCCACAAAUGGUCUAUAGGACUGAGAUCAGAGCUUUGUGAUGGCCACUCCAAUACCUUAACUUUGUUGUCCUUAAGCUAUUUUGCCACAACUUUGGAAGUAUGCUUGGGGUCAUUGUCCAUUUGGAAAACCUAUUUGCGACCAAGCUUUAACUUCCUGACUGAUGUCUGGAGAUGGUGCUUCAAUAUAUCCACAUCAUUUUCUUCCUCGUGAUGCAAUCUACUUUGUGAAGUGUACCACGCCCUCCUGCAGCAAAGCAACCUCACAACAUGAUGCUGCCACCCCCGUGCUUCACAGUUGGGAUGAUGUUCUUUGGCUUGCAAGCCUCUCCCUUUUUCCUCCAAACAGAAUGAUGGUGAUUAUGGCCAAACAGUUCUAUUUUUGUUUCAUCAGACCAGAGGACAUUUCUCCAAAAAGUACUUUCUUUGUCCCCAGGUGCAGUUGCAAACCGUAGUCUGGUGGUUUUGUAGCAGUGGCUUCUUCCUUGCUGAGCGGCCUUUCAGGUUAUGUCGAUAUAGGACUUGUUUUACUGUGGCUAUAUAUACUUUUGUACCAGUUUUCUCCAGCACCUUCACACGGUCCUUUGCUGCUGUUCUGGGAUUGAUUUGCACUUUUCGCACCAAAGUACGUUCAUCUCUAGGAGACAGGACGUGUCUCAUUCCUGAGCAGUAUGACGGCUGCGUGGUCCCUUGGUGUUUAUACUUGCGUACUAUUGUUUGUACAGAUGAACAUGGUGCUUUCAGGCGUUUGGAAAUUGCUCCCAAGGAUGAACCAGACUUGUGGAUGCCUACAAUUUCUUUUCUGAGGUCUUGGCUGAUUUCUUUAGAUUUUCCCAUGAUGUCAAGCAAACAGGCACUGAGUUUGAAGGUAGGCCUUGAAAUACAUCCACAGGUACACCUCUAAUUGACUCAAAUGAUGUCAAUUACCCUAUCAGAAGCUUCUAAAGCCAUGACAUAAUUUUCUGGAAUUUUCCAAGCUGUUUAAAGGCACAGUCAAUUUAGUGUAUGUAAACUUCUGACCCACUGGAAUUGUGAUACAGUGAAAUAAUCUGUCUGUAAACAAUUGUUGGAAAAAUGACUCGUCAUGCACAGAGUCGAUGUCCUAACAGACGUGCCAAAACUAUAGUUUAUUAACAAGAAAUUUGUGAGGUGGAUGAAAAACGAGUUUUAAUGACUCCAACCUAAGUUGAACCUGGAGUAUCAGCCCAGCUCAGGCACCUUGGCAGAAUGGAUCCAGAGAAGCACAGUCACCAGAGGGAGUAUAGAGAACCAAAGGCAUGCAGUCAGAGGGAGUAUGAAGAACCAGAGAGGUACAGUCGGCGGAGGGAGUACGGAGGACCGAGCUCGGGACAAUGGGACGAUAGCUUUGAGAAGAGAGGCAAUGGCCAAGCUAUGCCCCGAGAGCCCUACAGUGAAUACUCCAGCAUGAGGCGAACUAGAGAAGGUGGGAAGGAGUAUGGUGCUUCCUCUGCUAUGAGCUACAUCAUGUACCCAUCAUCCAGAGACUGGAGCAAAGGCUCAUUGAGGGUAGCAGUGGUCCCUUCUCCCCAGACACAGAUAGGGACAUUGAUGGAGAUCCUGUGGUGCUCAGUGUGGAGGACCUGGAACUCGCUCGUAAGAAGGAGGAGUUGAAGGUCAUAGAGGAAAAGAUAGCUCGCAAGAAAGCUGUUCUUGCUCUGCAAAAAGUUAAACGCAGAGCUAAGGACAUGCCUGAAACACAGGCUGCAUCCGCAACAGCGAAGGGCAUGUCUAAACAGAGGAAGGUAAACGAUACAACAUUCCAAAGAUACAGUAAUGUCGCGGACCAUUCGUCACGCAUAUGCCUACCUCUUAAACGGAGGGUGCUGGACAUUCUGAGUAAGCUCAGAAGAACACCGGUACGGUACCUACUGCAUAAGGAUACCCCUGCCAAGCUGAAGAAACAAAACAAGAUGCGAGCAUUGGAGCUGAUGAUUAGCGCUCCCCUAGAAAAUGAAGAGGCCCAUCCUCUGAGACUGAGAGUGAAGGGUUUAAUGAACCAACGACGCUCUCCCAACAAUGAGGUGGUCGCUAAUGAUAAACAACAUAAUCCAACCAUUCAGAGGCCAGUUCACUCACUCAGGACACAGGAGAAAGACAUAGCAGCCACAGGCUUCCAGCGCUUCCUCAAUGUCCUCAAUGAAGGUGUGGACCUCAACAAGCUCUCAAAGAUCGUCAACGACGAAAAUGAGCAACUCAUUGUGGGCGAGGAGCUACCACAAGUUUGGCCGACUCUGCUCGAGGGUCAUGUUGACUACAGCAGUAGGUCCAAGUCUUCUCCAUUUGAGGAGAAGAAGGUGAGGCUUGAGGAUGAGCAGCGGUACGAGCGGAUGCAGACCCUGCUGGAGAUUGUUGGGCUGGACUUGGGGGUUGAGGAGUUGGGUCGGCUGACAGACAGGACCAAUGAUAGGCUAUAUGGAAAGAUGGGAGACUUGAAAAGGGACAGAGCCAGAGAAGGGGAAAGUCCUGCGAGAGAGAGAUGCAGGCAAAGAUGCUCUAGUACCAGAGAAAAGGACAGAGUCAGAGAAAGAGACAGAUCUGAGAGAAACCGAAAGGGAGACGGGCACAGACACUCUAGUUCCAGAGAGAGAGACAAGGACACACCGGUAGUCAGAGAAACAAACAGAUCAGAAAGGAACAGAGAUAAAGACUGGGACAGAGACCCAGAGAAGGACUGGGACGGAGGCCGAGAGAGAGACCGGGACAGAUCUAGGAGAGACUGGGGCAGAUACAGAUCUGAGAGAGACGGGGACAGAGACCCAGAGAAAAGCAGAGACGGAGGCCGAGAGAAAGACCGGGACAGAUACAGAUCUGAGAGAGACAGAAAACGAGAGAUAGCCAAGGAUGUAGACAGGUGGCUGCAAAGGACCAGAAACGGAGACAAACGUUCUAGGACCAGAGACUGGGACAGAGAGAGAUCUGAGAGGGAUAGGUAUGGGGAUGAGUCCAGGGAAAGCUCCAUUGAGCUCUACUCAUACUCCAUGGACCCUGUAUUCCCUGUUUCUCAUCCCCAUGCAUCUAUGAUGGCUACCUACUCCACCACCCAGUACUCUCAGUAUAUGGCAUACCACAGCAGCCCCUACACCAUGGCCUUCCCUCCAGGGUGGGGUUAUCCCGCUGGUACCAUGCCCGCUGGUAUUAUGCCCCUGGUAUCAUGCCCCCUGGUACCAUGCUUCCUGGAAUCAUGCCAGCUGGUGCCAUGCUGCCUAGUAACAAGCCCCGCCAACCUAACCCCCCUGGGUAUCCACCCUACACCAACUUCCCCCCAUAUUACUCUAAUGGUACCACAGCCUUAAACCAGACAUACACAUACACCCAGCCUGCCAGCACUCGAGCAGUCUUAAGUCAGAGAUGCACAUACAUCCAACCCACUAGAAACCGCAGGAAAAAGACACAGAAGCAUGCCCGAGGGAAAGUGUCCUGUCAGAUGGUGACAAAGAAGUCCCCCACGGUUUUGACCACUCAGAUAGCGACAAAGAAGUCCCCCCCCGAACAAGGGUCCAAGAUUAAAGCAAAGGGGAGAAACAAUAUAUUCUUCACAGGUAUAUUCAUGAAGAGUUAUCACAGUCAUCUAAGGAAGUUCCAGUAUUAUUUGAAACGGCUUGCGAAGAGGAGGAAUAAGGUUCACCAGCGCAAAAGAAAGCGAUUGCUUGCAGAAGCAGCAGGGAAAGUGGCCCCUCAAUUCCCCUUUGAACCGGAGCCCAAGAAAGACGGGGAGAAACUACAUGCUGACACUUCUGAAGAAGUGGUUCCUCAGGAAGCUGCAAAUAAUUUGGAGACACCAUCUGAAACAGGGCCUAAGAAAGAACCAGAAGGCGAGAAACUACAUGCUGACACUGCUGAAGAAGUGGUCCCUCAGGAAGCUGCAAAGAAUGUGGAGACACCAUCUGAAACAGGGCCUAAGAAAGAACCAGAAGGUGAGAAACUACAUGCUGAUGCUGCAGAGAAAGUGGCUCCUCAGGUGACUGCAAUGGACACUGCGGCCCCCUCUGAAAUGGGCCCCAAGAAAAAAAAGUUGUAUCCAGGUAUCUUCAUGAAGAUUCUAAUGAGACGUCUAAAGAGGCAUCAGUGCAAGAUAAAAGGGAAGAAGAAGCAUUUUGCAAAAAGGAGGGAAAAGGCUUUCCAGUACAAAGGGAAGAGACCAUUGGUAGACACUAAGGAAAAAGUGCCUCUUCUAGAGGCUGCAAAGGACUCUGGGAACCCCUCUGAACCACCCCUCUGGCCCAAGAAAAAGAAAAAAAAGAAAACACUAGAGGAAAAAGGAGGUAUAUACUACCCAGGGAUAUUCAUAAGGGUACACAGAACCUAUUUGACAAGGGGGAAACUGGCAAAGGCAAAAGCAGCUGCUGAAGGCACUGAGGCCAUUUCUGAACCAGCACCCACGAUUGAAGGGGGGGGAGGAAUGACAGAAGGGGAGGAACUGCUUGCAGACACAUUAGAGAAAGGGGUUCCUCAAGUGGCUACAAAUGACUCUGGGCUUCCCCCUGAACCAGGGCCCAACAAAGAACCAGAAAGAGAGGAAGAAACUAUGUUAGAAGAGGAGAAACUGCUUGCAGAUCAUGUGGCGAAAGUGUCUGUAAAGGGCCCUCAGGUCCUCUUGGAACCAAAGGCUGAGAAAGACCGAGAAGGAGAGGACGAUGCAAUUAUAGAUGGUGAGAAACUGCUAGCAGACCCUUUGGAGAAAGUGGCUAUAACGGGCCCUGGCUUGCUCUCUGAACCAGAGGCUGAGAAGGAGACAAGGGGAGACAAGGGGAGAAACAACCAGUGGCAUGAGAAUUAAUGAAGCUUGAAGAGUUCAACCUGAAGAUGGGCACGCCUAACACAGCCUCAAAGGAUGGCUAACUGUUAUCUUCACUUGGCAUCAUGAGCUCAUCUCCCACUAGAAUAGAACCUGCUGCUGACCCAUCCAGACCCUAUGGACAUCAGUUGGCUUACAUUCUUACCUAUCAACCAUUUAAUAGAUUUGUAAUCACUAAAAAAUGAUUUGUUAAAGUUUAGCCUCAUCCUUAAAUGCUUCGUAUUGAAUUUAUUUUCAGUGUAAUUUAUUGAUAUUUUGUGUGGGGUAUGGGUAGGGUCUAGCACAUUCAUAUAUGCUAAGUACCUUUAGCGCCUAUUGAUGAUAGUAUCUUCUGGCCGGGGGAGUUUAAUUAAGAGCCCCGACCCUUGCACUAAACGUUAACACGCAUCGCUUGCGGCCUGAUUUUGGAACUUAAGGAACUAUCUUUCAUAUCAGCGUUGGACAAAAAUGCACAUUUAUUGGGUUAGGGUUCCCACACAGCCAUAUUUCCAUGUUACAGUGCUUGUUUACAGAAAACGGAUGGAAGACUGAGUCGACUACCUUUGCUAAUUACCGAUCUGCAUCUCCAAAACCCUGUGUGUAAACGGAAGAUGGACGCCACAAACUCGUUGUCACUGAAAGAUACUGUCGGCUGCAACUGUUAAAACCGGUUUUAUAAACUGGGUGGUUUGAGGCCUGAAUUCUGAUUGGCUGAAAGCCAUGGUAUAUCAGACCAUAUACCAUGGGUAUGACUAAACAUUUAGUUUUACUGCUCUAAUUACAUUGGUAACCAGUUUAUAAUAGCAAUAAGGCUCCUCUGGGGUUUGUGAUGUAGGGCCAAUAUACCACGGCUAAGGGCUGUGUCCAGGCACUCCGUGUUGCGUCGUGCUUAAGAACAGUCCUUAGCCCUGGUAUAUUGGCCAUAUACCACAACUCCUCGGGCCUUAUUGCUUAAAUAACAGAGUAAGUGUACAUUUUGCAUAUGAAAGUAGAUGGCUUGAUGUUUCUAGAACCGUACUGCAAUUAGAUGGAGUAUUUGGCUGCCAGAGACAAUUUACCUGUUCUAAACCAAAUAAGGGUGUGGAGUUUAUUUGGUCUGGUCAUGUGGUCAAGAGAAAUUCCUGGCCCUAGAUAUAGUACAUGUGUAUCAAUCCGAUGAAAAUGCUAUUGACGGCAUUAUGUUUGUAAGUUGUAAAUGUAAAUGUAAAUGUCAUGCCUGAUAGCUAAAAGUAAGAACUGCCCAUGUUUCAUUCCCCAGUGCAGUCAGCCCUCCUAUUUCUAUAGAUCUUUCACUUUGUAAAUAUGUAAUUGAAUAAAAUAUUCGGUCUAUUGUAA